AAAAUAAGCGAUGUUGGUGACAUUAAUAACUGUUUGACAAUUCAUAAAUCAAUUGGAAGCAGACAACGAAACAAAAAAAAAAUAAGCUUAUUUUAAUUCAAGUAGCUAAUUACAAGACAUUUAAUAAAAACACUUUUAUAUACAUUGUGUAUCCAUAUACCGACGUGCGGUAACGAGACUAUUGAUGCUGUAACACAAUUAGUCUGCAUGAAUGGUCUGAUGUGUGAGAAUAUAAGACUUUAAGUUACUGAGAGAGGCGCGGGGCGUUCAUAGAUACAGAAAACACAAAACAUGUCAUUAAAAAAAGAAACAUUAUCGGAUAUUCAAUUGCAUUUAUCGGCAUUGCGGGGCGAUGAAAUAAUGCUAAAGAAAGUAUUAGACAGCGGGAAGGUGCAUGUAGACUGUAAGGAUGAGGAUAACACAACACCUUUAAUUCUUGCAUGUGCUGGCGGACACACAGCAUGUGUACUUGAGCUUUUAGAGCAAGGUGCUGACGUGAACGCAAAGAGAGUAACAGGCACUACUGCAUUAUUUUUUGCAGCACAAGGUGGAUUCCUUGACAUCACAAAAAUCCUUUUGAAAAAUGGCGCAAUGGUUGAUUGUCCAUCUGUUGAUGGAGGAACUGCUUUAUUUAUUGCAUGUCAGGGCGGUUAUGUGAAUAUUGUAAAAGAAUUAUUAAAUGCCGGUGCCAAUGUAAAUGCUUUUAUGAAGGAUCGUGCAACGCCACUUUUUAUAGCAGCACAAAAUGGUCACCGAACGGUACUAUUAAUGUUAUUAGCAGCAGGGGCUAAUGUAGACGAACCACGUUUAGAUGGUGCUACACCAUUAUGGAUAGCAUCACAAAUGGGCCAUGAUCAUAUUGUAAAAGUUCUCCUCCAGAAAGGAGCAUAUGUUGAUGCCAUUAGAAACGAUGGAGCUACUCCGUUGUUCAAAGCCAGUCAUAAGGGUCAUAGUGCAGUAGUACAUGAACUUCUCAAAUACCGUCCAAAUCUCGCUCUUCUUCCAAAUGGAGAGACUGCAUUGCAUGCAGCCGCAUUAUUUGGUCAUCUUCCUAUAGUUAAGCAGCUCAUCGCAGCUGGAUCUGAUCUCAUGAUAAAAAAUCAGGAUCGACUCACUCCACUUCAAAUAGCAAAGCAACAAAAGUAUGUGUAUGUAGUUGAAUAUCUCAUGGAAAAGGAGCGUGAAAUUAGUUUACUGUGUACGGGAAUCGCAAAACUUCCAAGAACUCCGAUGACCAACAUUUCUAAUAAGGCGAUAUCGUGAAGAAGUUUUUCUAUCCAUGGAUUUUCAAAUUAGUCAUUCAAUUACGGAAAAAGAUGCGCUAUUUUUAAGAAAAAAUUGUUCUUCUUCCGUUCAACAGAUUUCAUGUUUCGUACUAGUUUUUGUUUACAAUUUACUGCAGUUAUAAGUGCAGUAAAAAGAAGUACAGAAAAUAAGUUUUGUA